GGAACUCUGACAUAAGGUCCUCUUUCUUCAUUUCCCCCACAACCCUUCCUCCAUUUAAUUUCAUCAUCGUCUUAACACACACCCGCAUAUUCCCUGCUCGAUAACACUUGAUCCAUACACAUUCACGAGAACUUAUUCAAUCCUCAUUGUUCUCAAUUACAUCCCAUUAGUAGCGACGCUGAAUUGAUUCACAAUGGCGCGUCGUUCUGCGCGCCUCGCAAGCGCCUCCAAAAAGGCUACGCCAUCUCCGGCGCCUCAGCUGGAUCCUGUAUCCGAGCUUAACGAGACUUCUAUUUCACAAUCUGAACGACCCCGUCGACGUCUUGAUACGAUCGUAUCUUCUCCGAUCCCCCAAUCUCUUCCCAAGCCUGCUACUCCGGCCGUGGCCACACCUGUUAAACUUCCCAUGUCUGAAAUGCAUCCUAGCAAGGUACACCCAACUACUGCCGCGCCAUCGUCCGGCUUGAACUUAGGCUUCGCGGAUAUCGACUAUAAUAAGAAGACACUCCGUAUGCCCGGUGCUAUCCAAUCUACACCCUCCAAGACACCCGUGUCGGUUCCCUCGGCUGAUUUUACCUUCCGUUACACUAUGGGUAAAGAUGCAGGCCUAAGUCCUAUUGCUAAGAUGAUGAUGAGUGAUGUUCGUAAGGAUGCGGCUAAACUCAAACCUGAACUUGCUGUCGAGCGAGAGCAGGAAAAGCAACAAGAGGCUGAACAGCGAAAAGUUCGCCAGGCGAUAGGAAAGGCUGGUCGCUUUAGCGCUGCUCACAUGGCCGAAUUCAAGAAGAUGGAUUCUAUCGCGAAUCACCCGUCCGCAUUUCGCUCAAUUGAUCCUGCUACCCCUUUGAAACCCAGUCUCAAGCGCGCUCGAUCGAAGGCAGAUCUCGAUGCUCCUGAUUCAUUACGAUCGAAGAAAUCAUCCUCUCGCCUGGCCCCUAGCUCCCCCGAGAAACGGGAGGAGCCUGCAUCGCCCGUCAAGAGGGUUAAGCAGCAAUUGGAAGAUGACGUGUCUACACUUCGUCCCGCGUCACGAGAUGGUAGCAAUAUCCCUCGUCCGAAGAGUAGUGGAAAGGAUUCCGUUCCUGUAGCGGCUCCUCGUUCUCACCUUAACAACUUAAUGACUCCAACGAAGUCAUCUCUCGCGCGCUCGGCUAGCACAAAGACACCAGCCAAGACCUUAAUGCGAACGCAGAGCAAGCCCGACCUUGCAGACCUCAGUCGAACUCCAAGCAAAUCCAGCUUUGCUAGCCUCGCGAGAAUUUCUAGCCAGAAGGGACUCUCUAGCCUUAAGAAGGCUAUGAUACCAAGCAACGUGGGACAUCUGGGCCAAGUUCAGACUCCGGGUCGACUUGAUAGAUUGAAAUCGCUCCUGGAUAAGCGGGUUAAUGGACAGAAGUCCCAAAUUCCUCAGCUAGCGGCGUCUCCUUCGAAGACAUCUCUUCAUCAAGGAGUCGAGGACUUCCCCCAAGCUCCUCUUACGGCACCGGUCCGAAAGACGGACCGUAAUGUGGGACUUACCCCUACGAAGUCGAGUAUACCUCGUUCUAAGGCUAUGGUGCGAUUCCAAUCGGGCACCUCCACUCGUGACAAGACCCCCAGCAAGAAUACUUCUCAGGGCGAUGUUACAUAUCCAGACCUUUCAGCGUACUGUCGGGAUAUCAAUGGUGAUACUGAGAUGGCUGAAGACGCAAAUCCCCCGGAAUCUGUGCCCGGAACCUUCACCUUCCGUAGUGAUCACACUAUCCGAUUUGACAGUGCGUCUCCCACUGGCUUUGGGGGUGCUGCCGGUCAAGCCAGUAUUCGACACGUCCGUGACUCAGUUUUACCCACAAACCAAAUGCCAGGCAGUUUCCCCCGGCCAUCCAUCGCGUCUCCUAACAAGGAGAACGACGUCCCGCCCGUUGGACACGGAAUUCCUCAUGGGAUGUCCAAUAAGAAGCGGCAUAGGGCCAAUUGGGAUGAGGAAGAAGACGAGCAGGCCGAUCAGCGCGCUCCCAAAAAGUUGCGAAAGAACCCGACAGCCGAAGGUCACGCAGUUGUGGCGCCCCGAUUACUCGGUCGCGAGUCGCCGGCCAAAAAGCUGAGCAAAGCUCCUCGUACCCCCAGCCCCCAGAAGAGCCCCCAGAAGAAGAGUGGCGGCCUCAGUCUGAGCAGGCUUAACAUGCUUGCUAGACCCAAGUUGCGCAAGUGAUCUGCCGCUUGGCAACUGUUGAUGCUUACGCUAAUGAGCCGGCGUAUUAGCAUCAGAGGACGCUUUUCAUGAUUUUCAGAAGAACGAAAUUAGCUGCUUAUACAACCGAUAACUAGAAUGCCUACAUUCAGAUUGUUAGCAGGGUCAUGUUGGAGCAAAUUCUAUCUCACGUUCGAGAUGUGUACGAAUACACUUUCUAAUUGUCCUUUUGACGAGAGGUCUCAUAGGCCAUUCCUCGUCUACAUUAGUCGAUUCAUAUUGCAUUGGGGUCUGCGAAGGGUUUUGUAGGAUUAGGGAAUCCGGAAGAUUCAUGAUUUGGGCCGGUGGUUUAUUUCCGAAUAUGGUGGCGUAGGCGUACUAAAUGAUACAUGGCAUAUUCGAUAGGUCCUAGGUAUUCACGAUCAUAAUGACAAAACCCCCCCGUUACGAAAAAA